GCCGGGAGCGAGAUGGUCAGCCGCCGCGGCGCGGCAAGAUGCUGGAUGGGCCCCUGCUGGCGCGCUGGCUGGCCGCGGCCUUCGCGCUGACGCUGCUGCUCGCCGCGCUGCGCCCCUCGGCCGCCUACUUCGGGUUCUUUCCUGCUGCCCCAGGGCUGGAGUGUGCUCUCUGCAGAGCUCGUCAGCGGGGUGAGCCGUCAGCAACGUGGGACCUAAUCCAGGAUGAUCUGGUCUCAAGAUCCUUACCUUGAUUACUUCUGCAAAGAGCCUUAUUCCAAAGAAGGUACAUUCUGAGGUUCCAGGUGGCUGUGAAUUUGGGGACCUUUAUCCUGUGCUUCAGAUUAUUCCUGCAAACAGUUUCUCAAAUACGGCGACCAGCAUAUGGUCAGAGAUAGCUUGGUGUGCAGGGAAAUGCAGCCAAAGGACUUGCAGAAAUGAUGGCAGCAGACCAGUAAACAGAGCAUCCCACACUGAAUAAAACAACUCUCACUGUGCUUGCAGGAGCAAGAUAAGCUUGGGAUAUCUGUAAGGAAUGAGAAGCCACAAAAACUGACCCAGCAAGUUUGGAAAAACCAAAUAGAACUGGGAAAAAUUUUAAGUAGUAGACUGAUUUGAAAGCAGAUUAUAAACAGUUGAAGAGAAUUAGCAAACUGUAAGAUGGGUCAAGAGAAAUUACACAGAGUGUGGCAUGGGAAGGCAGAUACACAGAAAGCAGAGAGGGUGAGAAACCUGGGGACACAGUGAGGAGGUCCCACAUGCUCCACCAGAGGCCCAGAGGUAGAAGAGAAGAGAAACUGAUGGGGUGAUACAUGGAGAGAAUGGCUGAGAGUUUUUCUGAAACUGAUCAGAACAAUCAAGAAGAUUCAAGAGGCCCAGUGUCUUUCUAAGCAGGAAAAAAAAAAAAAAAGCUCAUGCCAGAACAUGACAGAUUGCAACUGCAAAACACCAAAGCAAUCCCAAAAAACAAAAUACAGAUUACCUUCCAAGGAUUGUCAGGCUGACAGCUAAGUUCAGAACUGAGAGCAAAGCCAGGAGGUGGUGGGACCAUCCCCUUGGUGCAUGAAAAGAAAAUAACUGCCAGCCAAGAACUCUACGCUCGGUGAAGAUUACUGUAAAAUGAGGGUGAAAUAAAGACAUUUUCAGACAAAUUGAGAGUUGCUCUGGAGGAAAUGUUGACGCCGCAGCUUAGGCAUGGGAAAUGGCCCUGCUGUGUUCCAGACACAAAAAGGAGUGAACAGCAAGGAGAAGGUCACAGGGAAGGAGGGAUAAGGGAGCAUUGAACAACUUCCUGUUGGGUCCUAAAUGUAGAACUAAAAUACACAACAGCAUAUAAUUCCAGGGAGUCAGCAAGGUUGUGUUCUCAGGCCUCAUAUUACUGAGAAGGGGGUGGUAUUGACCAACAUUGAACAUGGGUAACUUAUAGACUCAUGUUGUAAUUUUGAGGGUAACCAUGAAAAUAAUGGAAAUAUAUGACUUCAAAUUAACAAAAGGAAAAGGAGAAUAAUGAAAAUAACCCAAAAGAAGGCAGGAGAGGAGAAAAGAAAAAGAAGAGGCAUGGCCAGCAGAAAGGAUAAACUGAGACCCCAGGACCCCAGUGGAUGAAAUGUUCCAGGCAUAAGGCUGAGGUGAUUGGGGUUGUGGUCAUGUCCUGAGUCUAAUUAUAGGCUCUGGGUGAGAGACACACGAUGUAAGGAUAGAGAACAUAAGAGGAUGGAGAGAGAACACACCAGCUCAAUGGGCCAUAAGGUAAAGAGGGAAAUGAGAGUAGAGAGAGACUCAGACUCAGCACAGUGAUCUGAGCUGUGACUGUUUUAGUCAGUGACCUGGGGCUGUGUCAGGCUCAGUCUGGUGCCCUGAGGCUGCAGCUUCGGAGAGGCUGAAGCAGCCACAGUGGUAGCUUAAAUGCAUAUUUUAGAAGUGGAGAGACACUUGAAAGCACUCAGCAAGUGUCCAUCACAAAAGUGAGGAAGAGAAGUAAGGUAAACCGAAAGAAAGUAGAAGUAGUGCAGAAAUCAACAAAAAAAGGUGCAUUAGAGAUGAACAGAUCCCUCUCUGGGAAGGUCUUAGAAACACCUGAGGAGACUAACCCAGUGAAGAGGAGGCUCAGAGUGCUAGUGUCCAGCUACGGGGAACAUCAUCACAGAUUCUGCAAACAAAAACAAGGGAAUGUAAUGAACAGUUCCAUGCUGAUAAAUCUGCAAAUUUAGAGGAAAUGGAGAAAACCAAAAAAGUAACAGAAACAGAUUCAAGAUAUAGAAAUACUGACUAACACUAUAGUAAGCAAAGAAAUUGGGUCAUUGGGAAUGUAAAGUGGUAUAGUCACUGUUGCAAACAAUCUGACAGUUCCUCAAACAAUUAAAUAUGGAAUUCCUCUAUGACCUAGCAGUUCCACUCCUGGGUUUAUACCCAUGAGAAAUGAAAACAUAUGUUCACAAAAAUAUGUGUACAUGAGUGGUCAUAGUGGCAUUAUGAACAAUAGCUGAAGAGUGAACAACUCAGGGACUUCCCUGGCAGUCCAGUGGUUAAGACUCUGCGCUCCCAAUGCCAAGGGUACGGGUUCCAUCCCUGGUCAGAGAACUAAGAUCCCUCAUGCCGCAGGACGCGGCCGAAAAAUAAAUUAAAUCAGUAAAAUAAAUAAAAAGACUGAACAGCUCAAACGUCCAUCACCUGAGGAGUAGAAAAAUAGCAUGUGGUAUAUCCAUACAAGGGGAUAUUAUUACAUGCUACCACACGGAGGGACCUUGAAAACAUUGUGCUAAGUGAAAGAAGCCAGUCAGAAAAGGCCACACGUUGUUUGAUUCCUUUUAUAGGAAAUGUCCAGAUCAGGCAGACCCACAGAGGCAGAAGGUAGAUUAGUGGUUGCCAGGAGUUGGGGGAGGGGAAUAGGGAGGUAAUAGCUAAAGAGUACGCUAAGUAGUUUCUUUUUGCAGUGAUGAAAAUAUCCUAAAAUUGACUGUGGUGGUGUUUGCAUAUAUCUGCAAAUAUACUACAAAAUGCUGAAUUAUAUACUUUAAAUGGGCAAAGUUUAUGGUAAGUGAAUUAUAUCUUGAUAUAUAAAGGUGUUCUAAAAGAAAAGAAAAAGAAAUUGGACCAGAAAAGAAAUGUUUCCACCAAGAAAAGGUCAGCCUGCAUGGCUUCAUGGCAAGUUCCACCAAACAGUCAAGAAGACACGAUUCUAAUCUGACACAACUCUUCUAGGAAAUUAAAAAAAAAAAAAAAAAAAAAAACACUCCUGCUAAGGCACUGAAACUCAGCAGGAAGAGCAUGGGAGAAGAAAAUUACAAGCACGGAUGCAAACAUCCUAGACAAAACAUCAUCAAGUUACAUCAGCAAAACAGAGAAAGGAUAAAACCCAUCGUGGCCAACUGGGUUUAUUCCAGGAAUGCUUAAUGUCUAACAUUAGAAAAAUCAAUUAGUGAAAUUCCUCAAUUUAGCAGAUUAAAGGAGAAAAAUCACACAUCAAAAGAUGCAGGGAUGACAUUUGAUAAAGUUCAACAUCCAUUUGUGAUUUUAAAAACAUUCAUAGCAAACUAAAAGCAGAAGGGAACUUCUUUAACUUGAUACAGGGUGUCCAGAAAAACACACAGCAAACCUCAUGCUUAACGGUGAAAUGGCAAAAGCUUCCCUUUUAAAACCAAGAGUCAGACAGGGAUGCCUGUCGUCACCGUUGUCUAAAUCUGGGUGAUGCCAAUUGUCUUAACAGACCCUCAAGCAUGAUGGGAGUCGUUUCUCUCAUGUAGCAAUCACGUUCUGGCUCUGUGAGUGCAUUGACUCCUGGUCUCUCACCUUGUAGUGCCAGUCUUUAGGGCACCCUUGCGUCUGGAGGGGUGGGUCUGGGUAGCAGAGAUGAGCAAGGAUGAGGGUCCCCACUUUCUGGUGGUGGUGCCCACAGUUCUCUCCUUCACUUCAUGGCCACACAUGCUCUGUGCUGGCUGGUGGCUGUGGAGCUGGGGGUCAGGAGGCUGGGUCCCAGAGGGUAGCUGGCAGAUUCUGCACGAUUAUGCUGAUGGCCCUAGCCAGUGUAGCAAGGCAGGAAGAACCGCAUAGUAAGAAAAUAGACUGGUGUCUCUGCAGACUGCAUGAUUGUACACAGAGCAUCUGAAAAUCAUCAGAGAUGAAUUACAACACAUAGCAAGGUCACCAAAUACUAAAUCAGCAUAGGGUCAGUUGGACUUUUGUAGGUCAGCAACAGAGGGAAGACUGACUUUAUAAAAUUAUUUUAUUUUUAUACACUAUCACUCUGGAACACAGACUGACUCUAAUACAGGCCAGCCCUGUGGGAGGCUGUAAGACUUCAGACUUCAGUGGGGGAACGUGUAAGACUUCAGAGAGAGGCAGGAAGGAAUCCUGAGUAAAUGGAGAGAGAUGCUGUUCUCACCAAUGGAGAGAUUCAAAAUUACACACACAGGGGACUUCCCUGGUGGCGCAGUGGUUAAGCAUCUGCCUACCAAUGCAGGGGUCACGGGUUCGAUCCCUGGUCCGGGAAGAUCCCACAUGCUGCAGAGCAACUAAGCCUGUGCACCACAACUACUGAGCCCACGCGCCUAGAGCCCGUGCUCUGCAACAAGAGAAGCCAUCACAAUGAGAAGCCCGUGCACUGCAACGAAGAGUAGCCCCGCUCGCCACAAUUAGAGAAAGCCCGCACACUGCAAAGAAGACCCAAUGCAGCCAAAAAUAUAUAAAUAAAUUUAUUUUAAAAAAUUGCACAGAGCAGUCAUGACCACCCCAGCAAACCCUGUCACGUGUGUGCAAAUGCAGAGCCAACGUGUGCCCUUGGAAUCUGUUGGAAGGAGCUCCUGACGGAAUCCCAGUAAAACGUCAGGAGCUCGUGACACUAGCCCAGGGUGGAGCCUGGAAAUGAGCCACAUGUGAGGCUGCUGUGACAUCACAGAGCAGCGAGGAGAUGGAACCUUUGGGAUCCUGAGGGAGGGAUGCUGGCCCCACCAUACUUCAUGGGCAGAUGUUGGUGUCAGCUGGAUGGAGAGCUGGAUGUGCACAGCAAGAUGGGGAAGCUUUUGGAAGAUGUUUAGGAGAUUGUUUAUGACAUUAGUGGUGGCAGUUGAGAGUGCCUGGGCACAAGGCUGUUUCUUGAGCUGGGUGAGAGCUGUGUUUCCCAGUUGUGCUGCUCACUUCCAUGUGUGUAUUAUAUCUUUUGAAGAUACCUGAGUGUUGUAAAGUACCAGACCAACAUUUAGGUCUCGUUUCUUCCCAGGAAAUGGGUCCAGCGCUGGGAGAGGACAGCCAGGUGGAGCAAGGGCAGCCAACCUGGACUCAAGUCCUCCAUGGGCUUCCUGGGCAGGCUUAUGUGCCCAUCGACCCGCCUGUCUCAGACCAGAUGCCCACAGAGAGGGAGGGGCAGCUGUGUUGAGCACAGUGGCAGGUGCACUGGUGUGGGCAGCUGGGUGGUUGGAGGGUCUGUGCUGUGCCGGGUGGCCUGGGCGCUUUCUGGGCUGGAAGGCGCAGCCCCUGGAGAUAGGCUGUGUGGGCAGAGGCUCAUUGCUCCAGGCUGGCAUACAGGGCUGAGAGCCUGUGAGGGACUUCUCCAUGCCACUGGCUGUAUGUUGAACUUUGUCAUUUUGAAUGGGCCACAAGUGCAUGGGACAACGUGUGAGUGGCUCACACGCCAUAAGGGAGAAGAACGUGUUUCCUCUGCCCCAGGCUGCCUUUAUCCUGGGUUGCCCCGUGCACCCACAGGUGUGCACGCAGGUACUCUGCAGAGGUAGGCCUGUGCCUUGCACUGAGUGUACACAGCAGGUGGGCUGCGGCAUUUCUGAGGCCUGCUGAAUACUGGAGUGGAUGGAGCCCAUUUAUUCAGCCAAUCUCCAGUCUUUUUGAAUACCAAACAGUGCUUCCAGUGUUUUUGCACGACAGCAUUGCAUUGGGUAACAUGUGAGUGACAUACACUUGUACGUUUUUUCUUGCUGCUGACAUUAAAUUUUUUUUUUUUGCUUAUAUGUUUUAAGAUAACAUAUCUGUAGUCUGUAUUUCUAGAAAGAGAAUUGGUGGGUGAAUUUUUAUAGAUAUGUCAGUCCAGAAUUCCAGCCAAGGAGGAACACCUCCUUCCCUGUGUCCUUGACAAUAAUCCUAUCAGACAUUGAUUUGUACUCCUCUGAUGAAUGAAAAAUAACCUAUCAAUAUAGUUUUUUGUUUUUGUUUUUGCUGUACACGGGCCUCUCACUGUUGUGGCCUCUCCCAUUGCGGAGCACAGGCUCCGGACGCACAGGCUUAGCAGCCAUGGCUCACAGGCCCAGCCGCUCCACGGCAUGUGGGGUCUUCCCGGACCGGGGCACGAACCCGUGUCCCCUGCAUCGGCAGGCGGACUCUCAACCACUGCGCCACCAGGGAAGCCCUCAAUAUAGUUUUAUUUUGCAUUUUUUUGAGUGAAAUGCAAAUAAGUUUUUAACAGCCAGCUAUAUUCCCUUCCCUUGAACUGUAUGUUCAUAUCCUGUAUCCAAUUAACAGUUGAUUCCUUUGUUAUUGAUCUAGAGGAAAAGAUACGCCUGUGUCCACAUAUGUACAUGCAACACAUGCACAUGUGCCCAUAUGCACAUGCCCACACACAAGCAAAGAAACUUGGUCCUUGGCCUGGGAUCUGAAUUGCAGCAUUUCCUCUGUUGGUCUUGGGGUUCUAUGCUACUUUUUGCUGUGCAGAGAUUCUUGUACAUUUAGAUAGUCUAAUUUAUUAAAUUUUAAAGGCAUUUUGGAUUCUGAGUCACUCUGACAAAAGCCUCCCUGAUUCUAAGAAUGUUUUAUGAACCUCUCAUCUUUCCUCCAGCACUUCUGUGGGUUCCUCGUUGUGUUGUCGUUUCUGCCUCUUGUCCCUGGGACCUUCUCCACUGAGCCCGGACCCACCUGAUGGCCACCCUCUUCCCUGUACCCCAUGCAUUGUCUCACCCCUGCACCUCCGUGAGGGUUUGUCCUCUGUUGCUGCACCCCGGGCCAUAAGUUCACAGGCUGGCUGCACUGAGUCCACACUGACUGUUAAGGGGGCCUGGGCAGGGGCCAGCUGGGCCCCCAUAAAAGGGAGGUGGGGAUGUGCCAUCUUGGGAUGAGGGACGCCGGGGGGUAGAGCAGUGCUGCCCCCUUGGGUUUCAGCCUCAUGCCUACCAUGGGAGCUGGGUGAUGGCUCAGGGGAAAGGCCUGGCCCUUGGGCCUCAGGCCUCAGCCAUGUGGCCACACGAUUUUCAGAUGGCCAUUCCUGGACUUGAGCUGACUCUUCCUCAACAUCCUUCUGCCCAGAACAGAUGUAGACCCCACCUGGCCUCAGGAGAGUGUCAGCUUGCCUGUGGCUGUGUUUAUGGAGCUGCCUCUGAUACCCUGGUGGACAUGCUGAGGCCAGGUGGGAGUGAAACUACCUGUAGCUAUGUAGACUGGCCCUGGGUGUGGGGGACCCCUGAGUUAGCUCCUCAUGUGCAGUGUGGACACAGGCUGGCACCAGGUGGGGGGGGCCCUGUCCUCAGUGCCCAUGUGCAGAAUUUGGACACAGGCACCCCCAAUGCCUCCUGGAAGACUGGAAGGCAGCAUCACCUGCCAUUUGUCUCCCUCUCCUCGUCCGUUUCCAGCCUGGCCCCAGGUCCCCCCAGGAUGGCCUUACAGUAGGGGUCUUCUUGGAUGCCGGAAUGUUUUGGCAGCGGUGGGAGCUUGGUUAAUCUGAAUCCUGCCUGGGGGAUGUGCUGGUUGGAGGCUACAGUGCUUUAGCCAUGUGGCACGCAGUUCUGGGCACAGCUGUUGACAUUCCUGUCUGGGGACAAGUCUCCACUGUGUGAGCUGUCUUUGUGUGAGGAGUAUGGCUCUUCCGGCCUCCAGCCCAGGGUCCUCGGGCCCCUGCCUGCUCACCCUGCCCCAGUGCAGCAGCUGUCCUCAGGCAGGGGCCUGGAAGUCCACAAAACUGCCCCCUGACGUCAGCCUCUGCCACAUCCCCAUGUCCUUAGGCAUGAAGUCCUAAUGCUAGAUAAGGGGUGCAGGUAACUGGGGCUGCCGUGUGCUGCUACCCCUCCAAUGCAUCGUCCCAGCUCCAAGCUCACGUGUCUUCUCCCCGAAGGUCUUACUGCCUCUGCAUCCCCACUGCUCAGUGGCCCACAAAGGAUCUGUCCGUGUCUCAGGGACCUUUGGAGCUUCUCCUCUAGCCAGCACCCAUGCUGGCCUCCCACAGCACACCCAGGGGCCUCCUGAUUCAGAGUGUUGCUUACGGAGAGGGGCACGGGUCUUUCAGCAACGUCUGCACAGACUUGAGCUGGCAGGGAUGCCUCUGUGGGCUCUGCUCACCCACGCCCUUGGUCUCAGGGUUGGGAGCAGUUGCCACCUCUGCUCUCCCACAGCUCACCGGUACACUAGCUCUGAGCACUGUGGAGAGCAGGGCCAAGGCCUGGGGUGGGUCUUCUCAGGGUGCCCACCAUGGCCUCACUCAUGCUGCACCUAAGUGUGCAGAGGUGGGGGGUAGUGGUCCUUUCUGCUCUGCACCCCUAGGCCUGACCAGUCAGCUCUGGUGUUCCGGUAGCCUCCUUGCCCAAUGCUGCCUGGGCCUCCUGUCAGCCUGGUUCCCAAGCCUCAGCAUCCUGCUUUGCUGUUCUCAGGGAGCUGAUCAGCAAGGGUGAGACAGGGGCAACUCCUUCAGGGACCGGGAUCCAGAGGCCUCAGGGUAGGGCCGAUUCUGCUUUGCACGGGCCCCACCCUUACCAGGGUGGAUAUGCAGCGACUCCCCUCUCCACUAGGCAGGGCAGGGCAUGCUGGGGGGUGUGUGCAUGCAGCUACAAAAUGUGGUACCCGAGGUUGUCCCCAGGGGAACCUCAACCUGCAGCAUUACUGCUGGAGUCUGUUAGAGGGUGGGGUUCUAGAAGGCCCUGCCCACAUCCCUUCCCCUGCAGAAAGCUGCAGCUCUCCUUGUCAGCCCAGUGGCCACCGUACCCCUGAGGGGGCUUUGGAAGGACAGCAAGAAAUGGGAUGGGGCAUGGUGUGGGGCUCCAGUAUCUGUGAACUCCUGAUACCCCUGGUUCCUGGGGUUGGCUGAGGUGAGAGGUGGGGGCUGGGGCUUGUUUCUAGUGGUGGGCUCUGAGCCCCAUUCACGUCCAGGUGGGCACCUCUCCCUCCUGAGGGCUGAAGGUCUGGGUGGGGCUGGGCCUGGACGUUCCUGGAGCCCAGAUGUGCAGUUGUCUGUCUGGGGACACUGAGGCCCAUGGUUCUGAGCACAGAGCAGGCAGAAGGCCAGAGCCAGUCAGUCCCUGGAUGGAGCAGCUGGUAAGGAGUUAGGGCAGGCAGGCCAGACAGAGGAAGACGGACCCAGGCCAGGGCCUUGGCUCAGCCAAGAGAAGGGGUGGAGUUGCACAAGGACCAGGAGCCCACUUCCCGGGUGGCACCUGGGUCCUGGGACGAGAGGCCCCUUCUGGUGCACAUAUUCCAGGAGACCCCAUUGGAACCAUGGGGGCCAUCUGCACAGGCUGCAGGACAGGGAGUGAGCCAGGGCCAUCCUCAAGGGACCACAGGGCCGUGGGGGGCACCCCUAGCUGGGGAUGGCAGAGUGUGGGGGUCCUAGAGCAAGCUGGGUAAGCAGACAUGGGAGUGGGUCGGGGAGGGUACAGUAGAUGUACGUCUCAUGCGGCCUGAGGCAACUGUGCCCGCUCCCUGCCUUGGUUGUCUGCCCUUGGCCAAUACCCUGGGCUGGGCAGUCUUCCCAGGUGUGUGUGUAUGAGUUUCUAGCUGUGUGUUCCUUCCCCUGUCAUCAGACCUGGGCAGUGAGGCUGGUGUCAGCUGGGGUGUGACUCCCUGAAGGGACUUGUUGGGGAGUGGUCAGCAUCCGUGUGGAUACCUGAGUUAUGCUCACUGGGCAGCCAGUGUGAGAACCCAGGGCGUGCAGGGGGCCAGGCAGGGGUCCACAAGCAGUUGGCAGGGCAGGGCGUGAGUGGAUAUGGGGGCAAGCGGGUGUAGAGAGGAUGCCUGGUGGGCAAGGGUCCCACGGCCUUCUCACCACCCCUCCGCUGCCAGGUUCUCUGUGGCCUUUCUAUACCGUCCCUGGGCCUGCUGCCCCUUCUGUCCCCCAGGUGGGCCCACUGGGGCUCCUAUCCAGUUGCCACCAUGCUUUCCGGCCGAGCAGGUUCUUCUGCUGCCCCAGCAUCUGCAGCCCUCGCCCAGCGCCCACCUUCUGCCUCUGGGGCAGGGCUCACUCUGGCCUCUCUGUGCCCAGGCUGACGGGCAGUGAGCCCCUGACCAUCCUCCCGCUGACCCUGGAGCCGGAAGCAGCUGCCCAGGCACACUACAAGGCCUGCGACCGGCUGAAGCUGGAGCGCAAGCAGCGGCGCAUGUGCCGCCGGGACCCCGGUGUGGCUGAGACGCUGGUGGAAGCGGUCAGCAUGAGUGCUCUCGAGUGCCAGUACCAGUUCCGGUUUGAGCGCUGGAACUGUACGUUGGAGGGUCGCUACCGGGCCAGUCUGCUCAAGCGAGGCUUCAAGGAGACAGCCUUCCUUUACGCCAUCUCCUCUGCUGGCCUGACGCAUGCACUGGCCAAGGCAUGCAGUGCAGGCCGCAUGGAGCGCUGCACUUGUGAUGAGGCCCCUGACUUGGAGAACCGAGAGGCCUGGCAGUGGGGUGGCUGCGGGGACAAUCUCAAGUACAGCAGCAAGUUCGUCAAGGAGUUCCUGGGUCGGCGGUCUAGCAAGGAUCUGCGAGCCCGUGUGGAUUUCCACAACAACCUCGUGGGUGUGAAGGUGAUCAAGGCUGGGGUGGAGACCACAUGCAAGUGCCACGGCGUGUCAGGCUCGUGCACCGUGCGGACGUGCUGGCGGCAGCUGGCGCCUUUCCAUGAGGUGGGCAAGCGCCUGAAGCACAAGUACGAGACAGCGCUCAAGGUGGGCAGCACCACCAAUGAGGCCACCGGCGAGGCCGGCGCCAUCUCACCACCGCGGGGCCGGGCCACAGGGACGGGUGGUGGCGACCCACUGCCCCGCACUCCGGAGCUAGUGCACCUGGACGACUCACCCAGCUUCUGCCUGGCCGGCCGCUUCUCCCCAGGCACUGCCGGCCGCAGGUGCCACCGUGAGAAGAACUGCGAGAGUAUCUGCUGUGGGCGUGGUCACAACACACAGAGUCGGGUGGUGACCCGGCCUUGCCAGUGCCAGGUGCGCUGGUGCUGCUAUGUGGAGUGCAGGCAGUGCACCCAGCGCGAGGAAGUCUACACCUGCAAGGGCUGAGCCCCUGUGCCUGGCCAGGCUGCUGCAGGGGUGCAGGCAGUGUGUGCAAUGUGAGCGGUGUACACCUGCAGGGGCUGAGCCCCUGGGCCUGGCCAGGCUGUUGCAGGGGUACAGGUGGUGUGUGCCAUGUGAGGGGUCUAGACCUGCAGGGGCUGAGUCCUUGACCCGGGCGCCCCCAGUAUACUUGGUUACAAGGCAGGGGCAGAGGCCAGGGAGUUGGCUGGGUUGGCCAUCUCUGCCCUUUUAUCUCCCCAUCUCAAAGGCCUAGUCUGACCUCUGCAUCCCCUCUGUUUGUCCCUCCCCAUGACCUGAGAGCUUUGCACAGAUGCUUUCCAAGCUGUGUCCCCCUGAGUCACCAGGUGGCCCUCCUGCGCUGGGUGCCCUCUGAGGAGCAGUGGGCACACCUUCGUGACCACACGGCCUCUGUGUGAGCUGCCUGUGGCCUGUCCUGCACCAGCACUGGCUUAGAGUCAAACCACUAGGGUAGAGAGCAGAUGCCUGGCUGCCCAGGUGCGGGGUUUCUACUGCCGGCCCCCUCUGACAUCGAGUACUUCUCUUUGGAGUGAUAUCAGUGACUUUUAAGUUAUUUUUAUUUAACUAAUAUAUAAUUAUUAUUUUCUCCAUCCCUGCAGUCUCCUAGGCUGUGGCUCCUCCCCCUCUCAGCAGAGCCUCGCCUGGAGGGGCCCCUUUCUCCCUCCCCUCCACGCCCCCUCCUAAACUGUUCGCCUGAUCUGCUUUGUCGUUUGAAACCACUAAAUCCAGAGAGACAUGCUGUCGUUGUUUUUGAAGAAGUAAAGCAGGCUGUGUCUGGCCACCACCCUCAGGGUUUCUGGAAGCCAGGUCCCAUGGUCCAGGCCGGCUACCCAUAGCAAGGCUGACCUGGGAAGUGGACGGGCCCUGCUCUGCACCCUGUGGGCACGUGGCUCCACACUCUAGCCUCCUCAAUGCAGAUUCUGGGGCUGGGGGUGGCAGAAGGUGGCCUGUUCUCCCCCAGAGGUGGGCAUGGGCAGAGGGGCAGGGCCAGCCCCUUGGAGGUUCAUUUCAUGAGGAAGGCACAGCUUGCUCUCUGUCACUGUGGGGGAGGCAGGGCGGGGACAGACAUGGGUGGAGAGAGUCUAGGUUAGGAUGUGGCAAAUGGAAGGCCGUUCUCCUUGGCCAUGCUGUUGAUUUUGCAGGGAAGGGAAAAGGAUGGCCAGCGCUGACCUGAUUUGGUUUGAGGGUGUGUGCACACAUGUGUGCAUGUGUGUAUGCAUGCGUGAGUGUGUGGUGUGUGUGCAUGAGCAUGUUUGAUUGUGUGCAUGCAUGAGUGUACAUGUGUGUGAGUAUGUGAUGUGUGUAUGCAUAAGUGCAUGUGCGUGAGCACGUAUAUUAUCUGCAUGUGGUGUGUGUUCACGCAUGAGAAUGAGCACAUCUGCGCAUGGGUGUGCAUGUACGUACACGGAUGCAUGUAUGCGUGUGACCAUGUGCACAUGUUUGUGCAUGUGUGGUGUCUGUGCUUUGCGUGUGCAUGUGUGAGCAUACGUGUGUGCGUGCACGCAUGUGCGUAAGCAUGUCUGCAUGUGUGUGGUGUGUGUGAUCAUGCACACUGUGUUGGGUUGUGGUCAGUGGUUGGUUGGGGUGUGGCCUCUGCCCUGUGCCCUUCCUAAGUGUGGAGCUCUACUUCCCAUGUUGGUGGGGCCUCCAGCCCUGGGCCCAUCCUGCUCAGCUCUAUGACUGUGCCCCGAGGGUGUGCACUGGGGUUUGGGCAAGCGCAGAGCUGGGUGGCAGCGUGGACACGGGAACUACUGAGUGAAGGGAUUCCUCGGAGUCCAGGGGGGCUUCAGGAACCCUGGGGACUGUUUUUAAAAGAAAACCUAUUUAUGUGGAUGUGGGUCUCUUUGUCCCUGUUUUAUAGUGUAAAUAGUAAAGUUUAUUCUCCUGUGGUUCAGAGAACAGCCCCAUGAAUAAGUGCAUGCUGACAGAGUGGUGCAGCCAAGGCACGUCCCCUGGGAGGGGACAGUGGACGAUGUGGGUCUGCCCCUCAGUCUCCUUCACGCCUGGCUGGAGAGGGUGAGGAUAGGCUGGGGUGCAUCCCAGUUGUCCCCAAGCAUUCCCACCUGCACGCAGACCUGGCCAUGCUUCUAUGACAAGACUGUAGCUCGGUCACUACUGGGUCUGGAAAGGCGGCAAGUCAGAGGAAGGAUUUUUUUUAAUCAAAUACCACAUUUAGCUCUAUGUCAUAAAUAUUAAGAAAAGUAUUUUUUUAAACAAGGCAGAUUGAAAACGUCUGCUGGCUGGUUUGUUUAUACAUAAAUAUAUAUCAAAAUGUCUUGCUAAGCAAAGAAACAACUCCCGCUGACGGAGCCUCUCAUUAACAUGCUUCUCUCUGUGCAGCAGAGGAUCUCUAAAAGAAAACAUGUUCUGUGGCGGGGUCCAGAUCCCCCGACCCCCCCAGGGCCGCAGGGGCAGAGCCAUGCUGAGGGCCAGGCGGGUCCCGGCCACCUGCUCUCUUCUCAGCAUGCACAGACGUGACUCCGAGCUUGGUUAGGCCAGGUCCAGGCGGGCGGGAGGAGAGGGGCAUUCACACACGAGAGAAGUCUUGUGUGAGCCUGUUGAUUUCUCUACCUCAUCUGUAUAGCGAGUAGGUGUGUACUCGAGUGACUUGGAGAAUGUAUUUAUUUAAUGGCCUUGUGUAACAGAACAGAAACAAAUGGAAACACUAAAUAAAUGUAUUUUUAAAUUAUA